CACAACAACAUAAACAUUCUCGGCCGGAGGAGGAGCAUUUUUCGGUACAAAAACAACUCUGCCGGAGCACGGGAGAUGCUCUGAUCAAGGGCGGAUGUGGAGCAGGAGCAGCCAAAGCCGGAAUCGCCAUGAAGAUCCUUUCCCGUCUGGGCAGCCUGGUGCGCUACACGGUCGCCUAUGCGGCCAUCACCCACUGCACCUUCGAGUACAUCGGCGACUUCGUCCUGUGCAAAGGGCCCUCUAUGGAACCCACUCUCUACUCGGACAAUGUGUUGCUCACCGAGCGCUUGUCGAAGCACUGGCGAACCUACCAGCCCGGCGACAUCAUCAUUGCCGUAUCGCCCAUCAAUGCCGGCCAGUAUAUAUGCAAGCGGAUCGUGGCCGUUUCCGGUGAACAGGUGCUCACCCAGAAGCCGAUCCCCAUCGAGGCGGAGUACAGCGUGACUAAGGACGGUGGUAGUGCCGCCGCCGACAAAAAGAAGCCCGUGAUGACCAAGGACUAUGUGCCGCGCGGAUACGUUUGGAUCGAGGGCGACAACAAGGGCAACAGCUCGGAUUCGCGCUACUACGGACCCAUCCCAGUGGGCCUCAUCCGGAGUCGCGUGCUCUGUCGCAUUUGGCCGUUAUCCGAGGCCACUGGUCUCUAGAUGGGCUAGAUCGGCUACUUUAAUAGGAAAUUCAAUUGGAUCCACUUUCUUGUAGAUCCAUUUCGUGAGAGGAUUCGUCUCAUUUGUACGAACCUUUGGGUGUGAUUGAAAAAAAACUAGAAAACCAUUUCAAAAACUGCCAGAACCAUAUUUAUUCAUUCAUAUUUAAAUAUCCAACUUUGAAAUUUAAUGUAAUGCCCUUAACAUUCAAUUCAUUCUUCAUAAAAAAAUCAUGAAACAAAGAAAUCUGUAAAUUAGUAAAUCGGCACCUUGUUAUAGAAAGAUUUAAAUUGCUUUCAAAAAAUGUAAAUAAAAAAUGCAAAUAAAAUGUAAUUGUGAUUAUAAAUAUUAA